AGUGGGUGCGGUUCCGUCAGCCACGGGACACGAUAAAACGAGAGAAAGUGUGUAGGUAUAUGAGGAGUAGUGUGUGUGAGGUAGUUACUAAUCGUCCUUUGUUUUGUACCUACUUUAAGUGUGUCUUUUAACGCAGUGUUAAAUACAUUUAGUGCAACAGUGUUAUAAGUACACAACAAUAUUUCUGUGUAUGUCUCUGAUCCUAUUUUUGGAGUAUUUCGUAGGAUUAUAGCGUCAAUUCAGAGCUCACUCACGCUCUUGGAAGAUCAUAAUUAAAUAGCGAAAAUUUCAAGCUGAUUGGAAGAGGUAAAAUAGUAGGCUUGGAAUACGUGCCAGUAUAAAGGGGUCAGCGUUGGUGUUACAUUGGUUAAAUUUUUUAUACUAUCUUCCUAUCUUCGUCUUAAAUAGCGUUGGCUUCGUUGACGAGUCAAUAUUUCCUCAACCCUCUAUGAAGCUUGAUUCAGCAGCGCAGCUGCAAACAUACACCACUAUACGAACGACGUGGCGUCGCCAUCUUGUCUGGUAGCGUCCUUUCGUAAAGUGCGAUCCAACAUUCGACGACACAAGCAUUGUUGCCGAACUGUCACUAGGCUGGCUAAGCUGACUACCCAGCACUACUUCGUAGUCGUGGAGUUUUUACGUUGUAGUUUUUACGACGAGUGGUCGAAAAAAGAGUAUCCACUCAAGGUUGCACAAAGGGAACUUUGACGACGACGACGCCUGAGUAAAAAGCAGCAGUAUCGAGGUCGUACCGUUCGCGGUUGCCAUUUUGUCCUCAUCCACGAAGUUUGGUGAUAAAAAUAUAAAGCUAGCGUGCUAAAUAAAUAAAUCAAGCACGAAGCAAUAAGACGAUUAUUAUAAUGAGAUUAGAAAUCGUAUCAGCGGCAGACUUUCUCGUGCAGCUGCUUCGGCUUCAGACUGGACAGCUGUCUGAGAUCCAGCUCCAAUCGUUCAAGGCCUCGCUUACGGAGCUGCUUAGACGCCGUUACCGUGAUCACUGGUUUCCGGAUAAGCCAAAUCGUGGUAGUGGCUAUCGCUGUAUUCGCAUAAAUAGCAAAAUGGAUCCCGUAAUUGCCCAGGCUGGCAUCAAAGUCGGUCUUGUACCCAACCUCCUGCACAGCCUUUUUCCAAGCGAGCUCACGAUGUGGAUUGAUCCAGCCGAGGUGUCCUACAGGAUCGGUGAGAACGGCUCCAUCUGCGUUCUCUUUGAAGGUACGCCUGAGCCGCCACAGCAGCAAGCCAACAGUAACUCAGCAAGCCCGCAACAACAGCAGCAUCACCAUCACCACUACCAUCAGCAGCAGCAGUCGUCAUUUGAGCAGACAUGUAAGGAGUCGUUACUAAUGGAACACAUAACAUUCAACGAGCAGAUUGCGGCUUAUGUAUCGAGUUGAAGGAGCCGUCGCACGAGGAUCGCUGCCCUGGCUCACGGACGCUAAGGCGUGUUAAACGCGAGCUAUUUCAAUAACUGAUACUACCAGCGCCACGCCUACUUUAUCCUUGUUGUCACUUCUGCUGAAUGAUUGAUGGAAUUAUUAAUUAAUUGAUCUCUUGUGAUGAUGAUGGUAAUAACGAUGAUAAAAUAUAUAUUGAAUUGUAAUUAGUGGAUGACUGUGACUACUAAAUGCAGGAAAAGACACAGUGUGUUCUGGUUCUGCAUUUACAAACAACACUACCGCAUUAUGACUAUUGAUACACAAUUAUUAUUUUCUAUUGCUUUUCUAUGUAUAAGUUUUUAAAAUUAUUUUAUUUAAUUUGUGGAUUUAGACACGUACGUGCCCAUGCACACACACACACACACACAAACAUAUUUUUUAAGGUCUGCAGCUGUGUAUUUAGUGUGCAUUGUACAGCGUGACUCACUCACCUAUAUGAUCAUCCGAGUCAUCCGCAUUGUGUGACUUAUUUUCUUAAAAAAUUUUCCGUACUGAGCAAUACUUACGGACACAAUAUUGUUUUGGACACAAAAAUAAAAUUAAUAGAAAAUAGAAACAUAUCUCUACUGUAUUUACUGGAAGAAUCCAUACUUUCUGAGUAAUCCAAUCCAUCUGCAAAGUGAAAAUAAUUAUUUUUUUUCGGUACACCUAAGUGUUGAUUAGUAUCAUAUAUUGCAGCCAAAAAUUUUAAGACAGAAGAAAGAGAAAAAGUCUUGUCAAAAUGUGAGAAAUAUGUCAAGGGAAAAAGGGAUAAACAAUAUUGGUCCUUUUUUUUUGGCUGGAAUGUCACGAAGGGAAACUGAUUCAUUUUCGUCGGGAUCACGCAAUCUUCGAACAACCGUCUUUAUGCAUCAAUGAGGCUCCAGCGGCACUCUGCCUCUACAACCAACCUAUUUUAUCACUAACCAAUGCUGUAUACUACUUAUCAUUGAAUGCGUGCCAGCCUAACCAAGGUUUGAUCCAUAUACGUUGCUACCGAGAAAAGAAAUGGCAAACGAUAAGGACAUAAUAAGGCUAGCUAUUUGUAGUACUACUCAUUAUUAUUUGUUUUAUCGCCGUACGUGAUAUGAAAUAAGAAGAUGUAAAAGAAUAAAUGGAUGGUGUGAAUGCCAAGUUCAUAAAUGAGUCUUUUUUCACUUCAAGCUAAAAGAGACGAGGCUAUUUACGCAGACUUUCAAGAUUGAGAAGAAGAACAGUGUCAUACACCGCAGAAUUGUAAACAAAGAAGAGGCUUUUCGUUAACUUCGUUAUGUAAACAACAGCACAAGUUUCAUCCUCACUCGUACAUAAUACGCACUCAGACUGUCUAUAUACUUACUUAUUAUAUUUGACUUACACGCGUGAGUGCAUAAUGUUCAUAAAUGAUAUAUUUCGACAAACGUCUUGUUAUUUGCCUAGAAUACAAAAACUUAGAAAAUAGUACAUAAAGUACAACCAACUGUGGCUACGUACAUUUUGUACGCUAGUAUGUCACUAAAAGUUGAAAGUUUUUUUGCUGGUUACAGCAGUAUCACUUUUAAUGACAUAAUUUUGCAUUUCAACGGCCGCACAGGAGAAAUUUUAGUACCUGCUAUUAAGUACGUUCACUGGUAAUAACAUUUGACGAGUUUUAUGAUAAUAUAAAUAAUAAUUCUCAUUUCUUGUAAAUAUUACAAAAUUAUUCUAAAACGUUGAAGUUAUUUGAUGAAUAUGUCCAUACAUUGUAACAGUUGAUUUUUUUGCUAAGGGUAAAAACAAAAUUUUGAUUUUGAUAUUUGCAAACAUAAAAAAAUAAAAAUACAAUAUCUGGAAACUGUAAAAUAUCUCGAAUUAAUUAUCAUGCGAUUAAGGUUGUAUAAAAUGUUUUUUAGUAUCCUGUGUAACAAAAAAAGUUGUGUGUGUGUGUGUGUGUUCGCGUGCUCGCGUGUGAGUACGUGUGCCAAUUAGGCUAUGUAUAGAUGGAGUCUUGAACUUUCAGGACUAGUUGUAUUCCCGUUGUGCGAGAGAAAAAUCAUAUUAUAAGUUCAUGUUUCUCACUUCUACAAACACGUACUUGUAGAUAAUGGUCCAAGUUCAAGACUUAACAUAUACACACCUUUACUAACCAAUCUCCACCCACCAUGUCACACGAUACUGAAGUAAAGCUAGUAAGUACUAUAAAUCUGAGUUCUCAUUGAACUGCAAGUGUGUCUGCGUAAAAAAUGGCGGUUCUUUCAACGAGAUAAACGACGUUUGAACAGUUCUUAUGUGAUAGACGAGAAUGUAAAAAUCAUAAUAGUGCAGCUGGCAAAUCGACUCUUAAAGUCAAAAGUAUAAAAUCAAGUACAACUAUAUUCGUUACUUUAUUUAUUAAAAUCUCCAGCAUCAGCUAAUUUUUUCCUGAAGCAUCGAAAUACUAUGAAUACGGAUCAGAUCUUAACUUUAUUUUAGUAAAUACUGUCACACUAUUUAUAGUUUAAGAACCCACCUUAAAAGUAGAAAAUUAAAGACCAACAGUCAAAGAAUUCGGAGUUGCGUGAAUUCAAUAAUGUUAAGAGGAUUGUGACUGUACAGGAUAUUUAAAAAAAAAAUCUUUGUUAAAAAGUCUUCUUAGUUUCAAUAGUCUCAAAAAAUAAUAUUAAACGUUUCAUAUAACAGUGCAGAAUAUUGUUAACACUCAAAUAAAUACAGAGUACCGCUUCAAAAUCAAACAAAUGUAAAUGUUUUAUUCUUACAUGCAAAACGUACGAUGGUAGCCCACCUGAAAAAAAAUGUCGGAAUUCUAUGUAGAAU